AUGAAUCUUGAUGAUAUCCCUCAAUCACCUUAUGGUGGCAUAAAAGUUACAACUGUUGUAGAGGUAUUAAAUAGUCCUAUAAAAAAUGAAUUUGAAAACGAAGUUGCUUCUUCCACUACUCCCAAAGUCAAUCAAUUUCGCACUUCAACUUCUUCAACAAAAAGUAAAAAAAGAAAUUCUCGUCCUGAAAAUAUUUAUACUUCAGUUAACGAUUUGCUUGUUAGUAAUGGGGAACGUAAAAGAGUUAAAAGUCUUAAAAUUGGAAAUAAGAGAAAAGGAAUUUUGGAUAAACAAAAAGAAAUCAUUAUUCCUAAAGAAAUGGCUUUUAUCGAUCCAAAAUUGUUGACUCAUGGUAAUCUUGUUAGAAUUCCAUCAAAUCGUAGAUUAAAACGCAUCAAUAGUAACAUACACAGGAAAAUAAUACCAAAAAAUAUGGAAUAUGCACCAACUUCAAACCCAACCCAUUCCAAUGAUCCUACUGAUAUAGAUGCUGAUCUUCCGCAAAAAAACUCGGCUUAUCCAUGGUUGCCAGAACUUUCUAAACCUCCCCAAUUGCUUCACGCUUCACUUGUACCUUUACCUCAUUGUUCUACGAGUUCUUCCCUAAUUUCAACUGUAAACAAUACUUUAAUGAUGACAAAUAUUUCAACAGAAGAAAACAAUAAAAAUAACAUCGGCAGCAGCGACAACAAUAACACAAAUUGUAAUUCGAAAAUGUUAACAAUUGAUCAAAAACAUAAUUCAAAGAUUUCGACAUCUAAUUUUCUUUCUCGUAAAAAUUCUUUGAGAAAACGUACAUCUUUAAUACAAUCAUCUAAUCGAGCAUCACUUAUCUUUAGACGUCAACUUCUAGAAGAGACAACCUUCAUCACUACAAAAAUUACCAAUAAGGAAAAAAACAAAAAAAGGCAGUAA